AUGGAGGUACUGUUCAAAGUAAUAAUUAUUGGGGACCCAACUGUUGGCAAGACAUCUUUUGUACAGAGAUAUGUGAAUGAUUCUUACAGACGUGAUUACAAGAUGACGAUCGGAGUGGACUUUGCUUUGAAAGUGAUAAAGUGGUCAGACAAAUGCAAUAUUAAACUUCAGCUGUGGGAUAUUGCAGGUCAAGAGAGGUUCACAUCCAUGACCAGAGUCUAUUAUAAAGAUGCCCAUGCAUGUCUGGUCAUGUUUGACCUGACACAGAAGAACACAUUUCAAAAUUCAAUCAAGUGGAAAAAGGAUCUGGACCAGAAGUGUAAUUUAACAGACGGUUCACCAGUGCCUUGUCUUUUGUUGGCUAACAAGUGUGAUGAAGUAGAUCAAAGAGAGGUAACCCAGGGUGAAAUAGAAGACAUGUGUAAAGAGCAUGACUUUAUUGGCUGGAGUGAGACAUCUGUCAAAGAAGGAGUUAUGAUAGAGGAGUCUAUGGGAUUUCUCAUUGAAGAGAUGAUGGCCAAGCACGCGGAACUGGAAGGAUUUUCUGAUUCUUUUCAUUCUCCUGGUUCAGGUCCAAUUAAACUCGGCAAAGAUGAGGACUCGGGUGGCACUGGCUCUAAAUGCUCAUGCUGA